AUGUUCCAGGUUAUUAUUGCCCUCUUAGGGACUCUGUUCGUAUACUAUUUGUCUCGAAAGAGGGGCAAGUCCAACCUCCCACCUGGACCGAGAGGUCUGCCCAUCGUUGGCAACAUCAUGCAUCUCCCGCCGAAGGGCAUGCCGGAAUACCAGCACUGGCUCAAAUUUAAAGACAUUUACGGCUCCAUCAGCUCUGUUACCGUACUUGGUACUACACUUAUUAUAAUCCACGACAGGAAGGCAGCACACGAUAUUCUGGAGAAGAACUCGUUGAAGACAUCAGGGCGACCAAAAUUUUAUUUCGGAAGUGAUUUAUGUGGUUACGGAAAGCUCCUUUCGUUCUUGCAAUACAACGAUACCUUCCGACACCACCGUAAGUUGGUGCAUCAACAGCUGGGUACAAAGACAGCGAUAGCGCGCUUCCGGGACAUUCAAGACGUCGAGUCACGCCGGUUUCUUUUGCGAGUACUGGACGAUCCCCUCAAAUUGACACAACAUAUCAAGACACCGCGAAGCGCCGACCCAUUAGUCCUUUUGAUUGAGCGUAUGAUGAAUGAGUUUUCCCUUGCAUUUCGUCCUCUAACCUGGGCUGUCGAUGUCAUACCUAUUCUCAAGUAUCUUCCAGAAGGUUUACCAGGCACUUCAUUCCAAAAGACAGCUCGAAAGUGGAACAAGGUUACUCGCAUGGUAAUCGAAACUCCCUAUGCGUUUGUUCGCCAACAGAUGACGAAGGGGGUCCAUCGGCCGUCAUACGUCGCUUCACUAGUUACACAUCAUGAAAAUGAUAGCAGAGGAAAUAUCAACUGGAAAUAUGAAGAGAAUGCUAUCAAGAGGACAGCCGCAAUUAUGUUUGCAGGUGGGGCUGACACUACUGUGACUUCUAUCACCGGCUUUAUCCUAGCGAUGCUACUUUUCCCAGCAAUCCAGAAAAAGGCCAAAGACGAAAUUGAUCUCAUAAUUGGGGUUAGCAGGCUACCACAAUUGGAAGAUAGAGAUAAGUUGCCCUAUGUCAGUGCUUUAGUAAAGGAAACACUCCGGUGGCUCCCUGUUGCGCCAUCAGGAGCAACCCACACAACCGACGAGGCAUUCGACUACAAUGGAUAUUAUAUCCCAAAAGGAGCAAAUCUGAUGCCUGCGGUAUGGUGGUUCUUGCACGAUCCACAGACCUACUCAGACCCAUCUGCUUUUGAUCCUGACAGGUAUCUGGAACCCCGCAAUGAGCCUGACCCGGCGAGUGAAGCUUUUGGAUACGGCCGUAGAAUCUGCCCAGGGCGGUACCUGGCUGAUGAGAGUCUUUUUUUGACAAUCUCACGUUUGUUGGCCGUCUUCGACAUCAAUAAAGCUGUUGAUAAGCGGGGGGAGGAGAUUGUUCCCGAGAUAAAUAUCACACCUGGCUUAAUCGGUCACCCGCGCGAGUUCCCCUACAUCAUCAAGCCAAGAAGUGCGAAGCACGUGGAUCUGAUACGAUCCAUUGAGGUGGACCAUCCAUGGGAAGAAGGUGACGCUGGUCUCCUGUCUCCGUCAUUGGGACUUGACGAAGAAUAA